AUCACCAGCAUCAAACAUUAGCCCAUAGCUAUGCUCUCGCGACUUCAUUGCUCUAAUAAUAAGUAUCUCUAAUACUCUCUCCAUACCUAGUAGCAAUUCUCACAUUCACUAUUCCGUGUUUGGCUUCCAUUCUUGUGAAAGCUUGGCGUUUGCCUUGUCUCGGGGCAAGGGCUGAAAGGGCUAACUACCUAUCCAUUGAAUCGACUGAGCUGAACAUACUUCGCCUUCUUCAUAUUUAUGAGUCUUCCAAAUUUUGGUCUAGAAAGUCAUUUGUCUUUGCUGCACUAGAUAAACUAUCAUAAAGCAUCUCUCCCUCGCAGCUUUCCAGCCACCACAACCCCCGGAAGCAACUUGCAUCUUCAACCACUAAGAGACGUACAGCAUCAAUGGCUUCAAAAUCACCUCCACAAUCUUCCCUUCUGGCUUUUGGCUUUCAACGCGGCCCCUCUACGAAGAAUGGUCCAAAGAACGCGGAAGCAGUCCCCAAUGAUACAGCCGAGUCCCAUGGCGAUGAAGCCGAAGUACGAUCCACUGACAAAACCAUUGAGGACCCUGUGCCACAUGAGGUCGAAUCAGAGACUACAGUCAUACCCGAAAUCAAGCCGGGAUCACCUACAUUAUCCUCGUCAUCUCACCAGACUCUAACACUUGAUCUGCAUAUUGGCGACAUGUUCGCCGCGCCUCCCAAUACAGUCCUCAUUCACGCCUGCAACACACAAGGCUCGUGGGGUGCUGGCAUUGCGGCAGCAUUCCGUAUCAAGUACCCGGAAGCCUAUAAAGUCUAUCGUAGCCACUGCCUUCGCUCGCGUGAACCACAACGUGCACUCACAAGCACUUGCUUGCUCAUUCCACCAUGCGAGACGAGGCCCGGCGCAAGGAAGCAUUGGAUCGCAUGUCUGUUCACAAGUGCCAGGUAUGGAAAGGCAAAGGACAAGCCGGAUGUCAUCCUACAGAAUACGGGACCAAGCAUGCGGGAUCUAUUGGAGCAAAUUAAGCGACAAGAGGCUGCUGGUAAGGUCAUUGCGGGGUUGCGGAUGUGCAAGAUCAACAGUGCAAAGUUCGGUGUGCCGUGGCACAGAACGGUCAACGUGCUCGAGAGCAUUGAUGUCAAAGGGAGCGAGAGGAAUACUGUCGAGGUGUGGGCGCGAGAGGAGGACUAAUUUUCGAUCCGAUGUUGCUGUGUACAAUUCACCUAAUUAGGUAUCGAGCACAAUUGGAUAUAAAUACAUCUGGCUAUGUUGAGAAUGGGCGAAUUGGUGUUCAUUUUCCAGUAGUAUAUCUGGUAUAUUCAAUCAAGUUUAUGAUGAGGCGAC